CUUGGCAAACCAUAUAUUCCGAGCCUGCCGACCCUGCAGCCCGCCUGCUACGUGCGGACCUUUCACAGUCUGCAACGGCAUUGCACAUCCAUCAUGUGUCUUUAUGGAGGGCUUCUCCCAUAAGUCACCGCAUGAUUGGGAGUUUGAGCCUCGAACACGAGGGUGCAUUAGAAACACGCCGUUACAUUGCAGCACUAGUGGUAACAAGAAAAACAUGACAAGUUCAAUAGACAUGUUCCACCCCAUUGCUCAAGUUGCAUUGCCCUACGACCCACAAAUUAUAGAAGUUGCUACCACUCAGAGCAAAUGUGAAGAAGCACGUCUCGGUUCUUGCUCCUGAACUGCUUAUUCCUAUAACAAUAGUAGAUGCUCUGUCUGACAUGGGGAAUUGCUUAGUGUAAAUCUGAAUGAUGGCAUUGAAAAUAAUUCUGAAGAUGUUCUUUACCUUUGCCUUGCUGCCAAAGAUUCGCUACCGGGUUCCAGAAAAAGGAAAAGAAAACCAAAGGUCGGAGUUGUUACUAUUGUAAGUAUUAUUGGUUUUGGUUAAUAAUCGUCAUGCUGUUGUCACUGAUUUGGAGGAACAAAUUCAAGUGUUGUGGUUUGCCUGUGUAUGACAAUCUAGGUAGUGCUGGUGGAAUUGUAGCCUUCAGAUACACCGGCUUGGUUCCUGCUACUAAAAGCUUCUCAAAAAAGCUUGGAGGAGGUGGUUUUGGUUCUAUAUACAAAAGAGUCUUAAAUGACUCGACUAGUAUAGCAGUGAAAAGGCUAGAUGGUGUCCGUCAAGGAGAGAAGCAAUUCAGGGCCGAGGUGAGCUCAAAUGGACUGAUCCAACACAUAAACCUAGUCAAAUUGAUUGGUUUCUGAUGUGAAGGUGAUCACAGAUUACUUGUGUACGAACACAUGUUAAAUGGGUCUCUUGAUGGUCAUCUAUUUAAGACAAGCAAUGCAAAUGUUGUCAUCCUAAAUUGGAACAUCAGCUAUCAGAUAGCGCUAGGAGUUGCUAGAGGAUUGUCCUACUUGCAUCAGGGUUGUCGCAAGUGCAUCAUACACUGUGAUAUUAAGCCAGAGAACAUACUUCUGGAUGCAUCGUUUGUUCCUAAAGUUGCAGACUUUGGGUUGGCAGCGUUUGUGGGAUGGGAUUUCAGCCGAAUUCUAACUUCAUUCAGAGGAACUGUGGGUUAUCUUGCCUCAGAGUGGCUUACUGGAGUGGCGAUCACACCGAAAGUCGACGUUUACGGCUUUGGUAUGGUGUUAUUUGAAAUCAUAUCAGGAAGGAGGAAUUCUUCACCUGAAACAUCGUACAACACUUGCAGCAACUACAGUGACCAGAAUAUUGAAUACUUCCCUGUGCAAGCCAUCAGCAAGCUUCACGGUGGAUACUUGAAGAGUUUGGUGGAUCCAGAGUUACAUGGUGUUCUCAAUUUGGAAGAGGCUGAAAGGGUUUGCAAAGUUGCAUGUUGGUGCAUCCAAGAUAAUGAAUUCAAUCGGCCAACAAUGGGUGAAGGUGUCCGGGUUAUCGAUGGUCAACAGGACAUUGAUGUUCCUCCAAUGCCAAGAUUGCUUGCAGCUAUAACAGAACAAUCUGGUGCUGCAACUUCAAUGUAAUAAUAAUUUCCAGCCCAAUGUAAUCUUUGUUAAUUUCAGCAAUUUUCUUAAAAGUUGUA